CUCCCUCCAUCAAACCCCACAGUCCUGCCACAGUCCACCGCUGUGUAACGGUCCUCUCUUCUCGUCUUCUCUCCUGACCAGCAGACAGUCGGCCAUCAUGUCUUUCCAGACCAUGAGACAGACGCGCACCAGCUACACCUCAAGUGCCGCUCCCCGCAAGGCUCUCAGCAUGUCGGGAUACAGCCUGGGCGGACCCCGCAUCUCCGCCACCAGCGUGCGCAACGUCUCCUCCGGAUACGGAGGAGGCCUGGGAAUGGGGGGCGGCAUGGGCUUCGGGGGCGGCAUGGGGGCCGGCUUCGACCUGUCCAGCGCCCUGGACCAAAGCAGCGUGACCCUGAACGAGAAGGCCACCAUGCAGAACCUGAACGACCGUCUGGCCUCCUACCUGGAGAAGGUCCGCUCCCUGGAGGCGGCCAACGCCAAGCUGGAGCUGCAGAUCAGAGAGUACUACGAGAAGAAGGGCCCUGCGGCCGAGCGGGACUACAGCAACUACUGGGCCAUCAUCAACGACCUCAAGGACAAGAUCCACGCUGCCACAAUUGGCAACGCCAACAUCCUCCUCCAGAUUGACAACUCCAAACUGGCAGCUGAUGACUUCAAGACCAAAUUUGAGCACGAGCUGAUGAUGCGCCAGUCGGUCGAGGCCGACAUCGCCAACCUCCGCCGCCUGCUCGACCAGACCACCCUGACCAAGGCUGACCUGGAGAUGCAGAUUGAAGGUCUGCAGGACGAGCUGGCCUACCUCAAGAAGAAUCACGCAGAGGAGCUGGCAGCACUGCGCUCUCAGCUUACCGGCACCGUCAACGUAGAAGUGGACGCCGCACCACAGCAAGACCUGAACAGAGUCCUGGAGGAGAUCCGCGCCCAGUAUGAAGCCAUCACUGACAAGCACCGCCGCGAACAGGAGAGCUGGUUUAAUGAGAAGUCGGCAACUCUGUCCAAGGAAGUGGCUAUCAGCACAGAGACAAUCCAGACGUCCAAGACAGAGAUCAACGACCUGCGGCGAACACUUCAGGGGCUGGAGAUUGAGCUGCAGUCUCAGCUCAGCAUGAAAGGGGCUCUGGAGAACACGUUAGCAGAGACAGAGGCUCGCUACAGCGCCAUGCUCGCCGGCUACCAGAACACGAUCAACAUGCUGGAAUCAGAGCUGGCCAACGUGCGCGCCAGCAUCGAGCAGCAGGGCCAGGACUACAGGAUGCUGCUGGACAUCAAGACCAGGCUGGAGCAGGAGAUCUCAACCUACAGGAAGCUGCUGGAGACCGAGGAGUCCAGGCCGAUUGGCGGAGGCGGCUCAACAACUACAGUCACAACCACCACUGUGCGCAGCUCCAGCUAAGAAGGAGGCACAACUGGCAGGACACACUGUCCUCAGACACACACACCCACAUCACACACACACACACACACACACACACACACAGACAUGUUCCUAAUAAAAGCUGUUACACGAUACGAAUGGAGCUGUACUGAAAUGACCUGAAAUGUGCAGAAAACCCGUGUGAAGGUUUACAGAAGACCAUGAAGAAGUUCCUGAUGUAGUCUUACGUGUGUGUUUUUGAUGUGUGUGUUUGUGCCCUGUCUGAGAAAUAAAUCUGCUGGUGACUAUAAAA